AUAUUUCCAUUAUCGGCAAAUGCUUACUGUUGCUUUGUGUGCCAGGUCGUUGUGAAGCAAUGCGCAUGCUCUUGGCAGACCAGGGUGCGGAUUGCAAGGAAGAUGUGGUGACAUUUGAUACCUGGUUGCAAGGGGAUCAGAAAAAAGAUGCGUUCCUAGCAGAAGAUUGCCCUCACUUCCAUAGAGAAUGGAUGGGAAAUUUCUUCAAUGGGGACACAGACCAACAAAUACACAUGUUUAGUAGUGAGGGAGUAACACGUCUAGGGCUGUAUGGGAAAACUCCAAUUGAGGCUGCACAGAUUGACAUGGUAAAUGAUGGCGUGGAAGAUCUCAGGUUAAAGUAUAUUCGUCUCAUUUAUCAAAACUAUGAAAAUGGAAAGGCAGAUUACAUAAAGGCACUUCCCACUGAUCUCGGUUAUUUUGAGCGUAUCCUUGCUAAAAAUAAUGAAGGAAAAGGCUUUCUUGUGGGAGAUAAGGUAAGAAUCUGUUGUU